AUGGCAGAGAUUUUUCGUGUAACGCGUGUCGCAUAACCAAUCGGAAGCGUACCGCGUUUUCUGUUACGUAAAAUAUAUUUCCAUAUAUAUUAAAGAACAAACUUUAACGCCUAUAUGAAGCACAAUUUACAUUAAAGACUCUUCAAUUUUUAUCUGUCUCCAAUGGAGACAAUCUCAGAUGAUGAUUAUCACAUUGUCAAUUGGCAUGCAAGGCUCUGACAAGUUAUUCAGUUAUUGCAGCUAAACCGAGAGGAUUGUAUGUCAUGUCACAACGCACUAAAGUUAUUGGUUUAUACAAAACGUUGUUGUACAUGGGCCGAGACUAUCCGAAGGGAUAUCAAUAUUUCAGGACCAAGCUGAAGAGAGCUUUUGUCAAGAAUAAAACAGAGACCGAGCCCGAAAAGAUAGACAAGAUGAUAAGUCAUGGUAAUUUUGUGAUAAAAGAACUGGAAGCUUUGUAUAUGUUGCGCAAGUAUAGAACGUUGAAGAGAAGAUAUUAUGAUCAACAAUAGAAGGAAAGGGUUAAAAUAGUACGUCAACUACGUCCAAUAAUGCUGUAUAAAUUACAUGCUGUUGUCGAUAUGUGUUUUGUAUAAAUGUACAAUAUGUAAUUGUUACGAAUUUUACUGUAUGUCUAAUAGCGCGUAGCCUUUGUACCACGCCAAUAUUUACACUUAUAUUUUAUGCUUUGUAAGUAAAGUUGUUCAUCUAAA